UAGUAUUACCGGCUCUGCCAAGCAGAUGGGAGAGCUGGGGCACAGCCCCGAAGGGACCUGGCCAAGGUCAAAGGCGCCCGUGUCAGAGGAGGGAGGGCCGGGUUUGCUGGGCUCGGCUCAGACCACUAAGCCGGCCACACCUCUGCCUUAUGCUGGACUUCGCCCACAUGUACCAGGUCUACAAGCCCCGGCGAGGCUUGAAAAGGAGCGAGGACAGCAAGGAGACCUACAAGUUGCCCCACAGGCUGAUAGAAAAGAAAAGGCGGGAUAGGAUUAACGAGUGCAUCGCCCAACUGAAAGAUCUCUUACCAGAACAUCUCAAACUUACAACUUUAGGUCACUUGGAGAAGGCAGUGGUUCUUGAACUUACCUUGAAACACGUGAAAGCACUGACCAAUCUCAUAGAGCAGCAGCAGCAGAAAAUAAUUGCAUUACAGAGUGGCUUACAAGCUGGUGACCUGUCAUCAAGAAACCUUGAUUCCAGCCAGGAAAUGUUUCGAUCUGGUUUCCAAAUGUGUGCCAAGGAAGUGCUGCAAUACCUGGCAAAGCAUGAAAAUAGCAAGGAUCUGAAAUCUUCCCAGCUAGUCAGCCAUCUGCACCGAAUGGCUUCUGAAGUCCUUCAGGGCGGAGGCAGCCGAAAAUCUGGAGACAUGUCCCCCAAAAUGGUGGUGGACUUGAAGGAGAAGUCCAGCUCUUUGACCAAAAUGGCUGAGGGACAUGGGAAAAACUGUGUGCCUGUUAUACAGAGGACUUUUGCCCACUCCAGUGGAGAGCAGAGUGGCAGUGACACAGACACAGACAGUGGGUAUGGGGGAGAACUGGAGAAAAGUGACUCAAAAUCUGAUCAACAGUAUUUCAAAAAGGAUACAGAACUCAAAUAUACUGUGCAAGAGAGAAUAAGCUCUAUUAAACAGGAGACUGAGGACCCACCCGCCAAACGGACCAGGAUGGAAACUUCAGAAGAUGAAGGCCAUUUUAGCAGUGAUAUGAUUAGCUCUUCAAACAGCUUUUUGGGCCCUCACCCUCACCAGCCUCCUUUGUGCCUACCUUUUUAUUUGAUCCCGCCAUCUGCAACGGCCUAUCUGCCGAUGCUAGAGAAGUGUUGGUACCCAGCGUCUGUGCCCGUCUUGUAUCCAAGUCUCCCAGCCUCUGCUGCAGCACUUUCCGGGUUAAUGAACCCGGAUAAAAUCUCUCCAUCUCUGUUGAUGCCUCAGAGACUCCCUUCCCCUAUGCCAGCCCAUUCCCCUAUCGACUCUUCAGCCCUGCUUCAAGCUUUAAAGCAUAUUCCUCCUUUGAACUUGGAAACCAAAGACUAAGCAGAGUGUGACCUUUUUUUUUUUUUUUUAAAGUUUGAGACUGUCAGUUUUAUAUAGCGGCUGGACUGAGGUGUGGGGAUAAGGUUCAUUGUGUAUAGGAAGCUAAAUCUUCUUUUCCCUGACUCCUCAGAUAGCUUGGGAAAGGAUGAAGGAUGCACCAGGUUAGCCAUUCAGAAGAGUUUAAAAGGAAAAAAGAAAAAAAGGUUUCUUUGUGCUUUACCCCCAACCCUCCCCAUCUACCAAGCAACAGCUGACUUAGCCAGCUAGGAUUAUAUUUCAAAGCUGUGAAAAAAUUUCCACAAGGCGGAUUUAGGUUUUAGGGUCUGUGAAUAUAAAAAUAUGGUACUUCUCAUGAGGGCUUUUCGAAGCAAUGGCCCACCGCCAAUGGCUUGAGCUGAACUGAUUUGUGUCCCCACCCAGUUGCCAGUAUGUGAGAUCUCUCUCUCUCUCUCUCUCUCUCUCUCUCUCUCUCUCUCACACACACACACACACACACACACACACACACACACACACUUACUUUAAAUAUUGGUGUUAAUUCCACUUAAAAAAAAAAAAAAAAAGAAAAUCAGAGUAGCAAUCACUGGUUGGUAAUGCACAGUCUGUGGUUCAGGUAGAUUUAAGACGGGUUUGUCUCCACACCUUUGCUGAAUGUUUAAGAAGAAAAAAAUGUAGAUGCUGCUUGGAAGCUUUAUGUGGUGCACAUCUAAGUAAUAAAAUAACAUGCAGCCCUUCCUAUAACUCAAGCUGCUAGUUUGGGCAGGAGGGAUGGAGAAAAUAUCCCAUGGAUCUCUCUGCUUGUUGCACCUGACCGCAGACCUUUCUUCUACUGCUGCUGUACAGUUGUUUCUGGGUCUGCUAUAUCUGAAAUCAAAAUGGUUAAAGAAUCACUUUAGCUGGGGAAUAGCCAGCAACUGGCUGUUUCACAACUUGGGUCAAAUCCAGAGUUCUUGUGGGAGGAAAGAAUUUAGUGGAGGUCCCCAGAGAGAGACCCACUGACUUUUCUCCCUUGAGUGCCUUUGAAAAAUUCAAGGCUAGGUUUUUUGAAAGGAGCCUAAUCCCAGUGAGGUUUGGGCAUCUAAAUCCCUUAGGCUUCUUGGUAAUCCCUGGCCAAAAUGAUUAAGUAAAGUUGGUUAGAACUUUGUCACGUUCCCUGUUUACAGCUCCUAGAACCGAGAGGGACUCGGCACCAUGGAAAAAGAAAUUUCUUUUUGAAUAAAUAUGGUGUUGGAUUUGGCUUUAAAAAAACACAACAAAAAAAGCAGUGAUACUUUUUUUUUUUUUUUUUUUCCCCCCCCUCAUACUAGUUUGGAGAAAUUGUGUCCAGAGUAAACGUUGUUUGGAUUCUCAUUUCAUUCUACCAUUGCACCAGCUGUUGAGAUGCACUAUGCUUGAUUGCAGAUUGUGUUCUAAUGUUUAUUUUAUUGGAUUUUUUUUUGGUAUACAGUUGUUGCCUUUAUUUGUAAAAUCCUGUUAUAAAUAUAUAUGUAUAUAUAAAAUAUAUAUUAUAUAAAUAUAUUAAAGGGUAAUACGUUUCAGAUGUCUAUUAUUUGUAUAACUACUUGAGCAUAAAGACGUGAGAACUAUGAAUGUAUUUCUGUGUUUUGUUUUGUUUUUUUUGUUUUGGGGAUAUUUUUGAAGAGAAGAGUUAGGGGGUUUUUUUCCCUGGGGAGAGGUACAGUGUUUAUAUUUUGGAGCCUUUCUGAAGGUGGGAUCUUGUACAUAUUUUUAUCUUGAGUAAAUGUUAAGUAGUUGUUUUAAAAUACUUAAUAAAAUAAUUAUUUUCCUGUGGAA